AUGUCUUUCUUGAGUCGUUCAGCUUCACCUUUUGCACCACCCUCAACCAUCUACCUCCUGCUCUUUCACCCCGUCUCUACCAUCCUAAUAUUCCUGCACAACCUUCUGCUCACAUUGCGAGGCGCUCCUUACCGCCCACCACCAGCUCAGCUACCCAUUCCCAUAACCUGUAUAUCAGACACUCACUCGAAGUUUCCUAAAGUCCCUCCUUCCGGCGAGCUUCUCAUCCACGCUGGCGACCUCACCAAUUCUGGCACUCUAAACAGCAUCCAGCAGACUGUGGACUGGCUCAGGAGCUUACAGAAGCCCUGGCCAGGCAGUCGAGAUGGCUACCGCUACAUCGUCAUCAUAGCUGGCAAUCAUGAUAGCUACAUGGACGAACGUAGCCGCAACGCACACGAUGCGCGUACCUCCAAAGGCUCAUAUGGCCGCAAGCUAGACUGGGGCAAGAUCAUAUACCUUCAGCAUGGCGAGGUUACUCUGACCUUUCCUGGAGAUCGCAAGCUCAAGAUCUAUGGCGCUCCGCAGAUUCCUAAAUGUGGAGGGAAGGAUUUCGCGUUCCAGUACGAGCGCGGUCGAGAUGCUUGGAGUGAUACAAUUCCGGAUGAUGUGGACAUCUUAGUCACACACAAUCCUCCGAAAUGGCAUUUGGACAUCGCUCAGAAUGGAGGGUUGGGCUGCGAGCAUGAGCUGAAGGAGGUGUGGAGGGUCAAGCCGACGUUACACGUGAUGGGACACAUUCACAGCGGUUAUGGUAAGGAGUAUGUCUGGUGGGACAAAGGCACGAAAUUGAUUGAAGAAGUGAAGAAAACGGCUUUUGCACCCUAUCCGCAGCCACAGAAAGCGCAGAUUGCUGCUCUGCUGAGUGAAACGUUCAACUUCAAGCUGUACAUCCUUGGGUUUCGGUUACUGCUAGAGGAUGUGAAAGGUGUGCUAUGGACGAGAUUCUGGAAAGGGACUAGGAAUGGAAGUAUCAUGAUCAAUGCAGCGUUGACGUAUCAGAUCUCAGAAUACCUGGGCAAUAAAGCGCAGACAGUGGUUCUGUAA